AUGGUAGUGGCAGACGAAGAAAAGAAGAAGAGAGAGGAAGAGGAAGAGGAAGACGAAGAAAGGGGUAUUUAUAUGUUGAAGAGAGAGAGAGAGAGAGCAAGUCCAGAAGUGAAGACGGGAGGACAGCAAGCAGCAAGCAGCAACACAGACAGACAGACAGGAGAGAGAAAAGAAGAGAAGAGAAGAAGAAGAAGAGAAGAAGAAGAAGAGACUGACCUGUCGAGAACUGUCUUGAAUCUCUGUCCAUCUUCUAUCUUCAGUCAGUCAAGGGUUCCUCAGGGUAUCCAGCAUCCAACACGAGAAAGGGUCAACCAUCAUAUCAACCCUCUUCGACUCUCUCCAUCGUCCACCACCCCGAAGAAUGCUAUCCUCACCACCACCGCCGGGGCUCGGCCAGGUGGUGAGGAUAGUUGGUGGAGAGAAGAGAAGAGAAAGAAAAGAAGAGAAAAGAAGAAGAAGAAGAAGAGAGGAAGAGAAGGAGGGGGAGGGGAGAAGCCCCCCCCCUUUUAUAGACUGUCUGCUGGCUGUCUUGUCGUCGACGAGAGCCAGUUAACCAGUCAUCGUCAUCAUCAUCAUCAUCUUCUUCUUCUUACUGUCCUUCUUUUGGGGAAGAGAAGAAGAAGAGAGUCAGAAGGACAGAAAGAUAGAAGAGAUAGAAGUGGUAGAAGAGAGAUAGAAGUAGAUCAAGGAGACAUCAAGGAUAGACAGUUGGAAGACAAGAGACAAGAGACAGGAGACAAGAGAUCUUCAUCUUCAUCUUCAUCUUCUUCUGUUUCAUCUUUUUAUCUUUUUAUCUCUACUUCUCUUCUUCUUCUACUUCUUUUACUUCUUCUUCUUCUACUCAUGUCGAGUGUCUCUUCCUCUGCAGACUCGAAGAUGCCCAAGGACGACUCUCUGGUCGGUGGUGGUGGUGGCAGUGGUGGUGGUGGUGAUGCUGCGACUUCAACGACUUCAACGACUUCGACUUCGACUCCCCCGACGACCGACCUCCCAGAUAAGCCGGUCGACGACUCCUCCAAGCUGCGCGCCUUUCUCUCCAUCCUCCGCAAAGAUAAAGAUAAAGAUACUGACAGUGAUAGCUUCAUCGGGGUCUCGGACAUCGCCUCGGUGCGCUUUUCCUUGCCGGCACAGCUCCUCGAGCCCAUUCCAAAUCUCGGUCAGUCUCCUCACUUUUAUACUUAUAUAUAUAUAUAUAUAUAUAUACAUACUUACUUAUGGAUAGAGUACUGGAACUACCUCGACAGGCCAGAGAGCUUUGCCAGCAUAGGAAAGUCGGAUGACGAGCUGGGGCGCAUGCUCGAGGUCCUGCGCUUCUGGUUCACCAAGGACCUGGUAGGUCUUCUCCUGUUUUCUACUUAUUUACUUACUUGUCUGCCAAUUGAGAAGAAAUACGUCAAAGGGAAGCCCUGCAAGCCUUACAACUCGGUCCUCGGAGAGUUCUUCAGGUGCAACUGGGAGGUCAAAGAUACCGAAGCUGCAGUCUCGCUUCCCCCGGCCAAGCCAGAGUCCAGCUCCAACUCCAAGUCCAACUCCGCCGCCCCGUCCAUCGCAUCCACCUCUGCCACUACUACUACCACCACCACUUCUUCUUCUUCUCCUUCUGCCGAGACAGUCAAGAUAUCCUACAUCACCGAACAGACUUCCCACCACCCCCCCGUCUCCGCUUUCUGGGUAGACUGCCCCCAACGUGGCAUCACCGCCCGCGGGUUCGACCAGAUCAGCGCCAAGUUCACAGGCACCUCAGUCCGCAUCACCCCGGGACAGCAUAACCUCGGCAUCUUCAUCACCCUCGCCCGCCGCGACAACGAAGAGUACCGGCUCACCCACCCAGACGCCCAUCUAGGCGGUCUCCUGCGUGGUGCCCUCUCGGUCUCCGUCGCUGAUACCUGCUACAUCACCUGUCCACGCACCAGGAUAAAGGCCAUCCUGCAGUACCUCGAGGACGGAUGGCUCAGUAAAGCCCAGCAUCGUGUCACCGGAGCCGUGUUCAGAUACGAUCCUGACAACGACUGCAUCACUCGUAUCAAGGACAUCCCCGCGACACACCUCCUAGCUGAGAUCUCCGGCUCCUGGCACGAACGCAUAUACUUCAACCUGCCCUCCAACCCAAAGGAUAAACAGCUGCUCAUCGACGUCACGCCGCUCUUCCCCGCGGCCAAAAUCACCCCUCCCCCCGAAAAGCAGCUCGCCUACGAAUCCCGUCGGCUCUGGGCAGACAUCACCGCCGCCAUCAACGCCAAGCAGUACUCCCUUGCCACCAGGCUGAAACACGAGCUCGAAGAGUCCCAGCGCUCCAAGGCCGCCUUGCGCAAGGAGAACAACCACGAGUGGACCCCCAGGUUCUUUACCGUCGCAGAACAGCAUAUCCAGCCUGGCAGACCGCAUCUGACGGACGACGGUCGCAAGGCACUGGACAACUUACAUCGUGAUCUCUUUGACCUGGACGAGAAGCUGACUCCCUCGGGCGAGUUUGCUCGAUAA